AUGUCACCUACUGAAGACUUAAUCCCAAGUCUUAUUGAAGGAGCUAAAUUUUUAUUUUUACAAUAUAAAGACAAAGUAUUAUAUCCUGAAGAGGUAUAUGCUACUUAUUAUUUAUUCCAAACUCUUAAAUGGUCUAUUGUGAGGCAAUUAAAAUCAUAGUACUCAGUUUAUAAUCAAAUGAAAUAACUAAAAGAUGCAUUUCAAUAAUAUAUUCUAAGUUCAGAUAAUUGGAUCAUUCAUUUUAGUUGGAUAUCAAUGAUAAUGGAUAUUUUAGCAUAUAGACCUAUUCUUGAUAAAUUUGAAAUUGUUAAAGGUUCUCCAAUUGAAUAAUAAUCAAUGUGGAACAAUUUAAUUGAAAAUAACUUAAUUUUAAGUCUUCCAUAUAAUAGAAAUUAAGGUUCUAUAUUGUUAUUUCAAAAUCAAGUAAAAUAUUUUAGCAAAGAAAUAAAUAAUAUGUUAGAAUAAUAGAGUAUUCCCAAGUUUAAAUUAAUUUCAGAAUCUCUUAUAAACGGGCAAUUUUCAAAAUAAAUUAAUCUAUGGAAUUUCUAUAAAGAUUUUACCUUUAAGAAAAAGCAAUAAACUACUAGAAGGGAAUAUGAAAUAAUUUUACAAAAUAAUGAUUUAUUAUUUAUAGAGAAGUUAAUUCCUCUUUACUAAUAAAUUUAAGAAUCAUUUACAGAUUAUUUUUAAAUAUAGGAUUAAUAGGAUAAUGCAUAGCUUUAAAUCAAAUUACUCUAAGAUGAUUAUAAUGUUUUUAGAAAAUAAUUUUUAGAUGGAUAUAAAUAGGCCUUAUAUUAUCUACUUUUUAUCAUAGAAAGAAGUACUAUUGAGUUUGAAAAGUUAAGGUCACUUUUUCCUUGUUUUGAAAAAUUUGAGAUUAAAGAUAAAGAAAAAUUAGAGAAGAUUUUUUAAAUUAUUGAAGAAUUUAUUAAAGUCAAAUUUUUUACCUUAUACGAAGAUUUUAUUUCAAAUUUUCUAGAAAUGAUCGAGUAUUUGAGCUAUAUUUCUGAAAUUAGUUUAAAUCCAAUGUCAAAACAGUAAAUUAAUCUAGAGGAAGUAAAUUCCAAAUUUUAGAUUCAAAAUCACUUAAGUUAUCAAUAAAAUUCCUAAAAUUCAUUAAUAUUAUAAUAGUGCAUAAUAAAUAUAAAGGAAUUUUAACAAAAAUUUUAUAUCUCAGCAUCAAUUAUUAUAAAAACACAUGAUUAAAAUAUCAAAAUUACUCCGUUCUAAAUAUAGGCUAUGUCACAUGCUAUAUGCUCAGGGUAAUGGAUCAAAAUAAUAAGGAAACAAUUAGGUGAUAGUUUUUCAGAUAGAUUUGAUUUGAGUCAAAAUUAAGUUAAAAAUAAAGAGGAUAUCGAAAAAUUAUAUAGAAAUUGUAUUUUUAGCCUAUCAAUUUUAAAGCUGAUGAAACAAUUUUGCUAUAUCCACUAAUACAAAAUGAACAUAUUUUACUAAAACAAAGAAGAAGAAAAAAGUGUCGCAAAUCAAGAGUAAUAAAGGUUAUAUAAAGACUGUAAAUUAAUGUUAAUCAAUUAGUUAACAUAAUAAAAGGAAGAAUUAGAUUUUAUUUUGAAAUCAAAAGAUAUUGAUAAGGGUAGUAUUUAAAGUAAGGAAAAAAGAAAAUAACUCCUUAAAUAAAUAAAAACAGAUUAAUAGAGAAUCCAAAGUGAAUAUGAAAAUAUUAUAAGCUAAUAAACGAAAACAAUAAUAUCAUAGGUUAGUAAAUUCAUGCAAGAAGCCUAGUUUAUCGUUUAAUAAAAUUAAAAUGAAUAUUAUGACUUUGAUGCUUUAAAAAGUUAAAUGGGAAAAUAUGAUAGUAUCAUAAGAGAAAUUGAAAAUAAUUAAGGAUAAUUUACCAAUAGUCCAAGAGAUGAAAAAAAAUUGACUUUCUAACAUUGGAUCACAAAGUAUAAGAAUUUAGAUUUCUGUCAUUUUUGUGUUGAUGAAGAUUUGACAAUGAUAAAGGAUACAAAUAAAUAACUGAAAUUAUUAGAACUAUUGUUAAUAUUAAUUCUAAAUUAACUUUAAUAACCUGACAACAAAGAAAUUUAACUUCAUUUCAAUAACUUUAAUACAUAAUUAUAACAAAUAGAAACUAAAUUUAACAUUAAGAAAUCAAUUACUACUUUUAUUGAAAGUUUAAAGGGAAAUAGUUAAUUAGAGAGUUGUGAAUGUAUCAUUUAAAGUAAUUAAGAGAUUGAUUAAUAUGAUUAGUAAAUUGACAAACGGAAAGGCUAAUAAAUUGAGUAAAUUGAAUCAACCUUAUAAGAAACUUUAGGUUUCUUUUCAUUAAAAUAAUAAAGUUAGGAUAAAAUACCUCAAACUUUAGAUCCUUUAUACUUAAAUAUAAUAAAUAAUCUAUGUGAACAAUUGACAAUAAAAAAGUCAAUAUUUGAUGUAUUUGAUUUAAACAAUGAUUAUAAAAUUAGAGAAUGCUUAGUUUAUAAUUUAAUAAAGCUUUAAUAAGGAAUUAAAGAAGACAAAAUAGUAGAGUUUUCAUCAAAAAUGAUUCAAUACCUUUGGGUUUUCGAAAAAGAUUAAAGAGUUAGAAAUCUAUUGAAAAAUAAGGAAUUAAUUGAAAUGUAAAAACUUGUUUUUUCAAAGGAUAUCAAGUCAACAUCAGAAUAAAUAAAAUAAGAAAUGAAAUUAAGAAUCAACAGCAUAGAAAGUAUUUCAUAAGAAUUAAGACUUCAAGGAAAUUCUCAAAUAAAAGAGCAUCUUAAAUAAUAACUCAAGCAAGCUUAUGAAGAACUUGAACAAUAUAAUGAUAAUAUUACUGAAAUGUCAGAAAAAAUGGAUAUAAGUUUAAUAUUUUUAAAGGAUAUAUCAAAGGAUGUGAAGUAAAUAAAAAGUUAAAUUGAUAAUUUAUAAGAGAACUUAAAUUAAGUUGGUGACGAUAUUCGUAAAUUAAAAGGAAAAAGAUAUGAUGAAUUAUUAGAAAUAAGAAAAUAAAAGAUAUUAUUAUAAUCUAGAUUAGCAGAAGUAGAUUCUGUAUAUGUAUAAUUAAAAACUAUUGAAUAUGAUCCUGUUACGGGGGAAAGUAUUAAAUCCAAAGAUGGAGUAACAAUAACCAAUUUAAUGAGUGAAUAAUGGAAUGAUUUUACUGGAGAAGUUAAUGAAUUCAUUUGGGAUGAAUCUAAAUCAAAUGAUGUUAUGUUACUUUCAGGAAAUGCUGGUUCUGGUAAAAGUAAAGCAGCCAGAAAAAUUGAAGAAUUUCUAUGGAAAUAAAGAGAAAUUAAUUCGAAAUGGAUACCAAUCUUUGUAUCACUUCCAACUUUAAAAAAUCCAAAAUAUAAUUUAUUUGAAUAAGCUUUAGAAUCUGAUAAUUAUUAAUUUGAUAAAUAUUAACUAAGAGAAUUUAAAGAUGCGAUUUAAAAUAAAAAAGAAUUUAUCAUUUUAAUACUUGAUAGUUACGAUGAAAUGAAAUAAGAUUGUAUCUAAUAAAAUCUAAUUACAACGAACAAGCUAAUUAAUGAUUUGAAUAUUGAUGAAAAAUAAAAAUAAGUCAAGAUAAUCAUCACAACCAGAAAAGAAAUAUUAAACACCUUGGGUUAUUAAACUUGGUUUUAUGGGAAUAGCAUAAGCAGUUUAAAAGAAGUUUAGAUCUAGGAUUUUGAUGAAGGUUAAAAAAGUAAUUAUUUAAUUCAAUAUGCUGAACUUAGUGUAAAAAGAAAAAUAAGAGCAGUAUAUGAUUUCUUGAAAUAGAUUGCAUAAUAAAAUUUUAAUUUAGAUGAAUUUUUAAGAAUAUGGUACGAUGUAAAUGUAAAAGUUUAAAAUGGCAUUUAAAAUUCAUAUAAAGAAUAAUCAGAGUCAAUUUUUGAAAGCUCCUCGAGGGAAGAAUUAAUUGAAAAAAUUUUAGAGCAUUCUUCAUUUAAUUAUUUAAAAGAGGAAUAAAUUACAGGACUCAGGAAAGAUUUGGCAUCCUUAUGGAGUGUUUAUAAAUUUGAAAAGGCCAUCGAAAACGUAGGUAUUUCUGAUUUAUUAUCAACUCCCUUCAUGUUUGAAAUUAUUGUCUAAGUUUUACCUAAUAUGGCAAAGAAAUAGCAAGGUUCGAUGGAUUUAAAAAAUAGAUUUGUUAAGAGUUAUCUCAGUAUUAUAUAAAAAUCUAGUUUCUCUAAAAUUUUAUAAGAGAGUUACAAAAAUAAUUUAGAUAAAAAAGAAAAUAAUUAGGUAAUUUUGCCAUCUUUUGAUGGAAAAAAAAGCCAAAAAAUUAAAUAUUAUGAGUAACCAGAAUUAUAAGCAAAAACCGUUUAACUUUUAGAUAAAUUGGAAAGCUUCAAGUUUUUUUAAUUUUACUCAAUUACCAGCAUUCUUAAAAUCCAUGGCUAUGACUUAUUAGUUGAUAAUAAGUCGUUUAAUAUCUAUCCAGAUAUAGAAUAUGUAGUUUAAGCUUUGAAGAUGAGAAAGUAUACAAUAUUUGAGUUCUAUGAGAGCUUCAUUCAUUUUUAUCAUGAUUAAUAAAUUCAAAAGUUGAGAGAGACAGGUAAAAUUUCAAAUUGGGAAGGUUUUUAAAUAGAUAUUCUUUAAUUUUCAUCUAAUUUAGCAAUAGAUAUGACUAUAAAUUAACUAUCUUAAAUCACCUAUUAACAAAAAGGAAAAUUAAAAUUAUCAAAUAAUUAUAAUAGGUAAUAAAAUGAUGAUGAUUGGUUUGAUGAUUAUUUUAAUGAUUCAUAAUAGGAACUUGAUUAUAAUAAAUUAAUACGAAGUUGUAUUCUCUUAAAUGCUAAAGGAAGUAACUAUUCCUUUACUCACAAAUCUAUUUAAGAAUUUUAUGUUGCUAAAUAUAUCAUAGACUUGUUGCUUUAAUCUGGUUCUUAAUUUUUGAAUGAAGAAAAUUUUGAUUAGAAAUAUGCUGCCAGAUUGAUAGAAUAAUUAUAUAAUAAACCUGAAUUAAAUAUUUGCAAGGAUCAUUUUAAAGGAGUAUUAACUUUUAUUAAAGAAAAAAUAAGUAUUCUAGAUAAUAUCAAAAGAGUUCUUAUUAAUAUUGCUAAAUUAUCUAAAAAUAAGGAAUAUAUUUAUGCUGCUUCAAAUAGUAUUUUCUUGUUAUCUUAACUGGAUGUGUAUUUAGGAUACGAAAAUUUUUCAGAAAUUUAGUUAAUUGAUACAAAUAUCUCAGGUUUAAGUUUUUGUAAUUCAGAUCUUAGUAAAUCUAAAUUUACUAAUAUUAAUAUUAAUUCUUGCAAUUUUAAUUAUGCUAAUUUGACAGAUGUUGAAUGGAACAAUGUAAGAUGUAAAGAAAAACCAUUUUUAAAAGAAGAUGAACAAGUUAGACUAGUUGAAUUUUCUUCAAAUGGCAAAUUAAUUGCAUCAAAUGGAAAAGGAAAUUUAGUAAGUCUUUGGGAUGUGGAAAGUUAUAAAGUAAUAUAACAAUUAGAUGGUCAUCAAGAUUAAAUAUUAUCAGUUGCUUUUUCAGCUGAUAAUAAAACUCUAGCUUCUGCUAGUAAAGAUAAAACUAUAAAAUUAUGGGAUAUUUAGAAUCCAUAAAUUAAGUCUUUUUUGAUAUUUACAAUAGAUUAUCACGACCAUCCAGUCACAGGAGUCAAAUUCACUUUAGAUGGAAAAAAAAUAGUUUCAGUUGAUAGUUCAGGAACUUUGAUAAUUUGCAAUUUGGAAUUUAUCACAGAAAAACCAAAUGAUAUUAUAUUUUAGUGUCAAUAGGAAAUCUUGGUUUACACUUUGACAUAAGAUGAUUAAUUGAUUGCCUUUGGAUUAGACGAUUCUAGCAUUAAAUUAGUUGAAGUAAAAACUAGUAAUGAAAGGAUUUUAGUAGGUCAUACUGGAAAGAUUUCAGCCUUAGCUUUUAGUAAGGAAGGAAAUAGAUUAGUAUCUGCAUGUACAAAUUUACUAUUAUUAUGGGAUUUGAAAGAUAAAUGUAAAUGCUAAGUUUUAUCUUUUUAAGAAUAUUAAAUCUAAUAUUUAACCUUACCCAAUGAAAGAGAAAUAGUCAUUGGAGCAGAAAACUAUUUAGCCUAUGGGGAAUUUUAGUAUGAUGAUUCUGCCUAUCUUGCUAAUAUAUAGUAUUCCUAUCCUGUUUACUUAUUCCCUAAUUCUAAUUUUGCUGUUAUUGUUUAAGAUUAAACACUAUUAAUAUUAGAUCUUAUUACUUAAGCAAUUAUUAAUAGUAUAUAUUUUGAUAAAAAAAUAACCUAAAUUGAUAUUACUAGUAAUGAAUAGAGAUUAAUAAUAAACGAAAAAUAUUAUAAUUAAAGAUUUUUAGAUUUAAAUACUUUCUAGGAAGUAGUGCUUAGUGAAAGCGAGCAAAGUUCAUUUUAUUAUCACAAUUUAAUAUUUGAACAAUGUGAAAAGGAAAUUAUUAUUUAUGAUGAUAAAUGUAAAUAAUGUUGUGAAUCAGAAGAUUAUAAAAUUAUUUCCUAUCCAAUAACUUAUUUUUCAUUUUCAACUAACUAUUAAAUAUUGGCUAUGAUAGAUGAAUAUUACAAAAAAAUAUGUUUAUAUGAUUCUAAAGAACUAAAAUUGAUGGAUAAUUAAAUUGAAAAUAGAAAUAGUGUUUGUUCAAUGGCAUUUUCCCCUUGCAAGCCUAUACUAUCUACAGUGUAUGAAGAUGGAAGUUUAUAUUUUUGGAAUAUUAGCAAAGCUCCUUAUGAGUAUGAGAAAUUCAAUGACAUAGAUGAGGGCAUUCAAAUAGAAUACAUCAUUUAUUCUCCUGAUGGCUCAUUAUUAAUUAUUUAGACUAAUGAUUAGAAAAUCAGAAUUUUAGAUGAGAUUAAUGGAUCAGUAAUAAAGAUCCUUGAUUAAUAUAAGCCGGAAAGGAAUAUUAUUUUAGUGUCUUAUGAUAAUAAUACCUUAGCUAUUAAUCAAAUAUCUAGUAAGAAUUAAAUAAUAUUAUGGAACAUAAACAAGAAUGAAGAAAGAGUUUUAGAAAUUCAAUAUGAAUAUACUUACUCCCUCAUAAUUCAAUUUUGCCCAGAUGAAAUAUCUUUAGUGUGUUUAUACAAUGAAAACCUAAGGUUUUGGAAUUACAUAUCAGGAGAGUUAAUUAUUAAUUAUUAACUUCCUUGGGAUUCAACAUAUAAAUGUAUUAGUUUUUCUAAAAAUGGUAAUUUAUUUGUGACUGGUGGGAAUUACAUUGGGGUUUGGAAAUAUUUUGACAAUAAAAUUGAAAUGAUUAAUGCUUUUCAACCUUACAGGAAAAUCAAUUAAUUAAUGUUGAUUGAUGAUGACUAAAAUCUUAUUUAUCUUACUAAGGAUUAAAUAAAAAUAAUUCCUUUAUCAAAAUGUAAUUUAAAGGGAAUAAUUUGUACUUCAAAAUAAUUUGCCUAAUUUUUAACAAAUGGAUACCUUGUUACGAGAGAUUAUAGAGGUAUUGAAAUUUUUGAUUGGAAUUAGUAGAAAUUAAUAUCUAGUAUCAACUGUUCUUAUCAUUAUCAUGUACAACUCUUUUAAGAUGGCUUACAUUGCAUAAUUUCAAAUGGAUCAAAUAUUUGGAAGUAGAAUAUUCAUUCGAAAAAGAAAAUCUUUAAUAUCACUAUUUGCGAAGAAUGUUAAUCUCUCAAGCUAAGUAAAAAUGAUUAGGUUCUAAUUUUAUAAUGUAAAAAUACCAUAAAACUAUUUAAUAUCUAAGACCCUUAAAAUAUAUUUGAGAUUUAAACUUAUAAAAAUUAAGAAUUAUAAUAAUUUUCAUGGACAUGUAACAAUGAUUAUAUAUGUUACAUAUCGAAUUCUGAUUUUGUCAUUCGAGAAAUAAAAACCUAAUAAAAAAUUAAAUUUAUAACUCCAAAAAGUAAAAUACUUCAAGUAAAUUCAUUUGAUAGUAAUAAUAAAAUAUUUAUACGAAAUAAGGAGGGUUCAGGUAUCUUUGAUCUAAGUUCUUAAAAAUUUGAAGUUUUUAAAGAAUUAUUUUAGGAAUCUGCAAUAUCUUAUGAUGGAUAGUUAAUAGCUUGUAAUUAUGAUACAUACUCAUAAAAAUUGAAAUUUUUAUGA